UUGAACUUUUUAUGACCACCAGAUGUUCCGAGCGAUCGAUUCUUUUUCUGAACGAUUCUUAAAUGAUUCGAUCUCCCAAACGUUUCACUAACGAUUAUUAGAAGAAAACUAGAUUGUUUCGAGUCAUCUGUUUAAACAUUGUGUUUUUCAGCGUAAGGCCAGUCACGUGACCAGGUACGAGUCACGUGACCGAAAGAGUUUGUGACGUUGCCAGGGAAGAUGGCGGCUUCCUAAGAAACGAGGGUGGUUGUGUUUUCUGGUUCAGUUCUCAGCCUCGUGCAGAAACGCCUCAUGGCGGACAUGAAGACCUUCUGUGGGAGAACUAACCCGAUUACCGGAGCUCUGGACUGGGCGGAGGAGAGCGAGGAGUACGACUACCACCAGGAGAUAGCCAGGUCCUGCUAUGCUGAUAUGCUACAUGAUCAUGACAGGAAUGAGAAGUACUAUCAGGGCAUCCGGGCCGCUGUUGCCCGGGUAAUGGCUCGUGGUGAAAAGGUGUUCGUCCUGGACAUCGGUACUGGAACCGGCCUCCUGUCCAUGAUGGCCAUCGCUGCAGGAGCAGACUUCUGCUACGCUGUGGAGGUUUUUAAGCCCAUGGCUGAAGCAGCGCAGAGCAUCGUGGAGAAAAACGGCUUCUCCGACAAGAUCAAGAUUAUCAACAAACAUUCAACAGAUGUCACAGUCGGCCCAGACGGAGACAUGCAGGUGAAAGCCAAUGUCCUGAUCACGGAGCUGUUUGACACCGAGCUUAUUGGUGAAGGAGCGCUGCCCAGUUAUGAGCAUGCUCACCAAAACCUGGUCCAGGAUGGCUGCGAGGCGGUCCCUCACCGGGCCACCGUCUACGCCCAGCUGGUGGAGUCGGAGCUGCUGUGGAGCUGGGCGCAGCUGCAGCCGGUGGAGGUGGAGGGGGGUCGGCUGGUUCCGCCGCCGGCUGUGGGACGUUGCGCUGGAGCUCACGCCGUCUGCGACGUCCAGUUGAGCCAGGUGUCUCCCUCCAGCUUCACCCCACUGAGUCCUGUCUGCACCAUGUUCAGUGUGGACUUCAGUAAACCAGUCAGCAGUGCCUUCCAGUGCCACUCUACCCAGUUUGUGGCUCAGUCUGACGGCCGGGCCCAGGUCGUCCUGUCCUGGUGGGACCUGCACAUGGAUCCCGGUGGAACCAUCGUCUGCACCAUGGCUCCCAGCUGGACGUACUCGCAGCCGAAGAGGGCGCCAUGGCGUGAUCACUGGAUGCAGAGUGUUUACUUCCUGCCGACGGAGAGUCGGGUGACGGAGGGAGACCAGCUCAGUCUGACGGUCUGCCAUGAUGACUACAGUCUGUGGUACAGCCUGCAGCCUAACAGCCAACAGGACACACAGGCUGAGGCUCCUCCCUCUCGGCCAUGCUGCACCUGCCAGGCUCACCUGGUUUGGACUCGGUCGCGCUUUGGUGAACUCAAUGACAGAAGGCGUACAGAGAGCUACGUCCGUGCCCUGCACAGUGUUCUCAGAGAUGACGGCGUUUGUCUGGCCGUCAGUGAUGGAAGUCUGCUUCCGGUGAUCGCUCAUAUGCUUGGAGCCAGAAAGGUGUUCAGUUUGGAAAACUCCAGAAUGUCUAAACAGGUUGUGGAGCAGAUAUUGGAAGCCAACGCGAUGAGCAGAGGUGUAGAGCUGCUGGAGGUUAGACCUGAACAGCUGACAAGAAACGACCUCAGAGGCGAACAGAUCUCAGUCCUGAUGGGUGAGCCGUACUUCAGCACCAGCCUGCUACCAUGGCACUCCCUCUUCUUCUGGUAUUGUCGCACCGCCCUGUCCGGUCUCCUGCGACCCGACGCCGCCGUCCUGCCUGGCGCCGCCUCGCUGCACAUGCUGGCUGUGGAGUUCCAGGAUUUGUGGAGAAUAAGAGCUCCAUGUGGAAACUGUGAGGGCUUCGAUGUCUCCCCCAUGGAUGAAAUGGUCCAGCGGUCUCUGGACUUCCGCGAGUCCCGCGAGGCGGAGCCACACCCACUGUGGGAGUACCCAUGUCGGGCGCUCACUCAGUCCGCCGCCGUCAUGACCUUUAACUUCACACAGUGCGUGCCUCAACAGCCAAUCAGCAGCCAGGGAUCACUACCUUUCAUAAGGACCGGUCGCUGCCAUGGCGUUGCCUUAUGGAUGGAGUACCACCUAACUGAUGACAUCACCGUCAGCACAGGUCUGAUUGGGCCAAUCAGUGAGCAGGGCGACUGCGAGUGGAGUCGACACAGGAAACAGGGCGUUUAUUUCUUCAGGUCGCCGUGGCAGAGUCCAGGUGACGGCAGGCGGCAGGUGUCCUACAGCUUCACCUUUCAGCCCAGUUCAGGAGACAUCAAGAUGGACUUUAGCAUCACAGCCUGACUUCUUCCUCCUGCAGCACAUUUAUUAAUCUGUGGUCGUCGUCUUCGUCCAUUUUCCUUCUUUACACAUUAAUAACUGCUUACGUGACCAUCAUCAUCCACAGGCCUGCCAGACUUUACUAACAUCCCAGAAUGACUUACUGGGACAUUUGUAAAACUCUCUGGUUUGGAUAAAGUUUUAUACUGAA